UCUGGUGUGGACUCGCCACGACCUCGAUCUUCCAAUCGUCCAUGAGCGUAAUGAUGCAGGAGAUGAACUGACAGACCAAAACCAGCGUUACAGGAGAAGAACAUCCAUGAAGACGGACUCUCUGCAGACCGGAGACUUCAGCCUCACUCUGAGGAACCCCAUCACCUCUGACAGCGGCACCUACACCUGCACCGUCACUGCAUUUGGAAACACACGGACACUGACAGCAGUAGAGCUGCAGGUCAAAGUGUCCCACCAAGUCUUCACCCUGGAGGUGUACGAGGGGGCGGAGUCAGUCCUGCUGCCCUGUCACAUCCCGUUUGUAUCUGGACCCACCACAGUGAUGUGGAGCCGCUACGACCUCAAUCCUCCAACCGUCCACCAGCAUCAGCAGGAAGAGGACGAGCUGACAGAUCAAAACCAGCGUUACAGAGACCGAACAUCCAUGAAGACUGACGCUCUGCAGACUGGAGAUUUCAGCCUCACUCUGAGGAAACCCCACAUCUUUGACAGCGGCAACUACACCUGCACCAUCAGAGUGACGGGAGAAGAACCCAGACUGACGGAUGUUCAGCUGCAGGUCAAAGAGCCGUACACUUUCCCAGCCGAGGCCUCGGUGAUCCUGGCUGUCCUGGCCAUCGCUGCCAUUGUGGGUCUUGGAGUAUAUUUAUGGAAACUCUUCUACAGAGUCCCCCAGGUGGAGGUGAAAGACGGGGUGCAGUCUGUCCACCUGUUUUUUAAAACCACAGAAAAUCUGCCUGAAGAUGCUGUAGUGGAGGUGGAGGAGGGGGCGGAGUCUGUCCAGCUGCCCUUCAAAACCACACAAAACCUGCCUGAAGAUGUUAGAGUGGAGUGGAGGAGCCCAUUUUCCACAAUCCUCCACCUGUAUGAGAACGGCUCUGACCAGCCUGAGGAACAGGACAGUCGUUACAGAGACCGAACGAAGAUGAAUGAAGACCUGCUGAAAACUGGAGACCUCAGUGUGACCCUGAAACACCCCACAGAGAGAAACAUCGGGAUAUCCAUUAAUGGCAUCAUGGGCACCGAAACCACCAUUCCCAGGCCCACUGCCUUCGCUCUGACCCUCUCUAGCCGUCCUCUGACUCAACAAAUCAGACAAUAA